UUACAUUAAACACCGUGAAAAGCCAAAAAAGAAUAUUAAAUUUAAAAGAAUAGAUCAUACUUUAAUUAAAAUUAUUUAAACGAAAACAUAAAAAAAAUAUGGAGUAUUUAUUAGUAUUAAAUUUGAUACACCCCUCAUUUUAAUUUCACAAUUGUGGACUGUGGAGAACAAAUGAUGAGAGCAUUUUGAAUGACCCGAAACGGAUCCGAACCGGACCCGUUGAAAGGUGAAGUUAACUGAAAAAACCAGCGAAGUGAGAUUACAACGUAUCGGAAGGCGGAAGGCGGAGCUCCGGCGGCCAGGAUAAGGAGGAGGCCGUGUAAAUGGAGGUGAAGCAAGAGAAGAGCAAGAUACUGAUCAUCGGAGUAAGUGGCCGCCUAGGUUUUGAGCUCGCUAAGGCCAGCCUCGACGCAUCUCAUCCCACAUUCGGCCUCGUUAGAGACUCCGCCCGCUCCGAUCUCCUGAAAUCCCAAAAACUUCAUUUACUUUCCGACUCCGGCGUCACUCUUCUGAAGGGCUCGCUGCAAGAUGAAGAAACCCUAAUUGAUGCGAUCAAGCGAGUUGAUAUUGUAAUUUGUGCUGUUUCUUCGAAGCAAGUCCUGGACCAAAAGCUUCUUCUCGCUGCUAUAAAGAAAGCUGGUUGCUGCAAGAGGUUCAUCCCUUCAGAGUUUGGGAUGGAUCCUUACAAAACACGGAUUUCCAACAUGGACAACAACUUCUACUCAAACAAAGCUGAGAUUAGGCGUCUUGUGGAAGCCGAAGGCAUUCCCUACACCUCCGUCUGCUGCAACUUCUUCACAAGUUAUUUACUCCCAUCGCUCAUUCAGCCCGGCCUGAAAGCCCCUCCCAGAAACAAAGUCACCAUAUUUGGAGAUGGAACUGCUAAAGGUGUCUUUGUAAAAGAAAGUGAUGUGGCAGCUUUCACCAUCAGUACGGUUGAUGAUCCGCGUACAUUGAACAAAGUGGUAUACCUUAUGCCUGCAGGAAACGUGUGCUCAAUGAACGAGUUGGUUGCGAUCUGGGAAUCAAAGAUUAAUAAGAAGCUUGACAAGGAGUAUUUAUCUGAAGAUGAACUCGUAACGAAGAUCAAAGAAACUCCAUACCCGGACAAUAUGGAGAUGGUUUUCAUAUACUCCGCAUUCGUGAAAGGCGACCAGACAUAUUUUGACGUUGAAUCUUCAGGCGGAUUGGAAGGGACCCAACUUUAUCCGCAUGUAAAAUAUACCACCGUAAGCGAGUUUCUUGAUACUCUCUUGUAAGAUGACAGACACUAUGCAGUAGAUAUGCUUUGGUGCAUUUUUCCUCUAGUGCAGUCAGUAUAAUGCCAAAAUUUACAUUUAUGGUGUUUUUGGCAAACCCACAUUUCUUGGACAUUUUGCUUAUUUGAGCUCGCAAAUGUCUUAGGAUUUCUGAGGAGCUGCAAGCUCCUGUGUUGUUAGAUUUGAACGGGGAAACACAUAGUUCAAGUGACAGAGAGUCAAAACAGUUCAAUUUUUUUUAAUAAUCUUUUAACAUCCAU